AUGAGCUCGUGGGACGUUUCCAUGUCGAACCAUGCGGGUCUCGUGUUCAACCCCAUUCGCACCGUUUCGGACAACGCGAAACCGUCGCCGUCCCCGAAGCCGAUCAUUAAGCUCUCCGUCGGUGACCCGACGCUGGACAAGAACCUUCUCACGUCGGCAGCCCAAAUCAAGAAGCUGAAGGAAGCGA